AUGAGCUCAAGAAGAAAUAUAUCUCCAAGGCAUCAAUCCCUCAGCUCCUAUGAAAUCAUGUUUGCAGCUCUCUUUGCCAUACUAGUGGUGGUCUGUGCUGGAAUAAUUGCAGUGUCCUGGCUAGCAGUCAAUCAAUCAGAAAGAGACACAGCAUUUGAAAACAGCUAUCAAGCAAGAGGUACAUUUACAAUAAUAUCUGGAGCUACCUAUAAUCCUAAUUUACAAGAUCAACACUCAGUGGAUUUCAAAGCUCUUGCUUUUGACCUUCAGCAAAUGAUAGAUGAGAUCUUUCAAUCAAGCAAUCUGAAGAAUGAAUAUAAAAACUCAAGAGUUGUACAAUUUGAAAAUGGCAGCAUUAUAGUCCUAUUUGAUCUUUUUUUUGCUCAGUGGUUGUCAAAUGAAAAUGUAAAAGAAGAACUGAUUCAAGGCAUUGAAGCAAAUAAAUCCAGCCAACUGGUCACUUUCCAUAUUGAUUUGAACAGCAUUGAUAUCACAGCAUCCUUGGAGAACAUUUCCACAGCAAGCCCAGCAACAACUUCAGAUAAGCCAACAACCAGCAGUCCUCUGAGAACUCUAAGAAAUGUCUCAAUAGAGUGCCUACCUGCUUCAUGGCCUUGUGCUAAUGCUCUGAAGUGCAUAGCAGUUGAUUUACUUUGCGAUGGAGAAAUAAAUUGUUCAGAUGGUUCUGAUGAAGAUGAUACAACCUGUGCCACUGCUUGCGAUGGAAAAUUUUUGUUGACUGGAUCUUCCGGGUUUUUCCAGGCUGACCAUUAUCCAACACUGGCUAAGUCAACUGUUGUUUGCCAGUGGAUCAUACGUGUAAACCAAGGACUUUCUGUUGAACUGAAAUUUGAUUCUUUUAAUACAUAUUACUCAGAUGUGUUAAAUAUUUAUGAAGGUGUUGGACCAGCCAAAAUCCUAAGAGCUUCACUUUGGGAAACUGAUCCUGGCAUAAUCAGAAUUUUUUCCAACGAAGUUACUGCCACCUUUCUUAUACAAUCUGAUGAAAAUGAUUACACAGGCUUUAAUGCAACAUACAGCGCAUUUAACAGCAGUGUUCUUAAUAAUUAUGAGAAAAUUAACUGCAAUUUUGAGGAUGGAUUUUGUUUCUGGAUCCAGGAUCUGAAUGAUGAUAAUGAAUGGGAAAGGAUUCAGGGAGCAACCUUUCCUCCUCUUACUGGACCAAAUGUCGACCACACUUUUGGCAAUAUUUCAGGGUUUUACAUUUCAACACCAACUGGACCAGGAGGGGGCAGAGAAAGAGUCAGACUUGUAAGCCUCCCUAUACACCCCACUUUGGAGCCAGCCUGUCUUAGUUUCUGGUAUCAUAUGUAUGGUCAAAAUGUCUAUAAAUUAAGCAUUAAUCUCACCAGUGAUGAAAACACGGAGAAGACAAUUUUCGAAAGGCAAGGAAACUAUGGUGAAAACUGGAAUUAUGGACAAGUAACAUUAAAUGAAACAGUGGAAUUUAAGGUUGCAUUUAAUGGUUUUAAAAACCAGUUAAUGAGUGAUAUAGCAUUGGAUGACAUUAGCCUAACAUAUGGGAUUUGCAAUGAGAGUCUUCAUCCAGAACCAACAUUGGUCCCAACUUCUCCACCAGAACUUCCUACGGACUGUGGAGGACCUUUUGAACUGUGGGAACCAAAUACGACAUUCAAUUCUCCAAAUUUUCCAAACAGCUACCCUAACCAGGCUUUCUGUGUCUGGAAUUUAAAUGCACAAAAUGGACAAAAUAUACAUCUUCAUUUUCAAGAAUUUGACCUAGAAAAUGUUGAAGAUGUAGUUGAAAUCAGAGAUGGUGGAGAAGAUGAUUCCUUGAUCCUGGCUGUGUACACAGGGUCUGGUCCCGUGGAAGAUGUCUUCUCUGUCACCAACAGAAUGUCAGUGCUUUUCAUUACUGACACAAGUGUGGCUGGAGGGGGGUUUAAAGCAAACUUCACCACAGGCUAUCAAUUGGGGGUUCCAGAGCCCUGCAAGAAUGACAGUUUUCAGUGUGAAAAUGGGGAGUGUGUUCCACUGGUGAAUCUUUGUGAUGGUCAACCACACUGUGAGGAUGGCUCUGAUGAAGCACAUUGUGUGCGUCUUUUCAAUGGCACAAUGAACAACAAUGGCUUAGUGCAGUUCCGAAUCCAGACAGUAUGGCAUGUGGCUUGUGCUGAGAACUGGACCACCCAAAUUUCAAGUGAUGUUUGUCAGUUGCUGGGACUAGGGAGUGAAAACUCUUCAACACCAACACGCUCUACCAUAGAUGGACCAUUUGUAAAAUUAAACACAGCACCUAAUGGCAGUUUAAUACUAACACCCAGUCAACAGUGCCUACAGGAUUCCUUGAUUCUGUUACAAUGCAACCAUAAACCAUGUGGUAAAAGACUGGUGGUUCAAAAAGGCAAUCCAAAAAUUGUUGGAGGAAGUAAUGCCAAUGAAGGGGCCUGGCCCUGGGUUGUGGCACUGUAUUAUGGAAGCCAGCUGCUCUGUGGUGCAACUUUGGUCAGCAGUGAAUGGCUGGUAUCUGCUGCACACUGCGUGUAUGGGAGGAACGUACAGCCAUCGAGGUGGACAGCAAUCCUAGGCCUGAAUACGAGAUCAAAUCUUACUUCUCCUCAUACAGUAACUCUGCUGAUAGAUCAAAUUGUCAUAAAUCCUCAUUACAAUAAACGGAGAAAGGACAGUGACAUUGCCAUGAUGCAUCUUGAAUUUAAAGUGAAUUACACAGAUUACAUACAACCUAUUUGUUUACCAGAAGAAAAUCAAGUUUUUCUUCCUGGAAAGAAUUGUUCUAUUGCUGGCUGGGGAAGGAUUAUAUAUCAAGGUUCCCCUGCAGACAUAUUGCAAGAAGCUGAUGUUCCUCUUGUAUCAAAUGAAAAAUGCCAGCAACAGAUGCCAGAAUACGACAUUACUGAAAAUAUGAUAUGUGCAGGCUACGAAGAAGGAGGGGUAGACACUUGCCAGGGGGACUCAGGAGGACCGUUGAUGUGCCAAGAAGACGACAGGUGGGUCCUUGUUGGUGUGACAUCAUUUGGAUACCAGUGUGCACAGCCUCAUCGCCCAGGAGUGUAUGUCCGGGUUCCAAGGUUCACAGAAUGGAUACAGAGCCUUGUACAUUAA